CACAUUUGUGUCCAAGACGAUGAUGAUAGAUACACUAAAGACAUAUCUCCGGCGCUCUCUAGUGGAAAGAUUGGGCAUCACAUGAACCAUCCCCCUUUGCGGACACCAGAGUGGUGAAUUCCAGCGGUGUGGAGUCACCAGUAAGAAAUAAACUAGCAUGCUUGCACGGCAUCCUGUUAAAUCAUCGCUCUACUGCUGCUUUUCAGUCCCACCAACAGCUGCCAAGAUGAACACAAUGUCAGGUUCUUCCAGACUAAAGCCAGUCUACAGAGGUGAGGUUAGUUUUAAGUUGGACAUUCAACAGACCACACAGACUGUUUGAUAACCUGCCCCCAGGAUCAGACGCUCAUGAAGCAGCGACAAGGACGGAUAUUCAUCUACCCGUUCCCCAGACAGGGGUGUGUCCUGUGUGUUUAGGACCGUCGCAAAAUCCUCAAUAGUCAAUAUUUUUUGUUCUGUUUCUGGACAGCUUACUUCCCUGGCUUUACACUCGUAUUAGCUAAUAUAGUACACAGAAUACGAGUUCAUAAGCCAUGGAAGCUCGAGUUGUGUCACAGUAAAUGUGAACCUUAAUGAAGGGUCGAGUGCCUGUAUGACCAAACACUGACACCUAGUGGCCAAUGUAGAAUACAUGCUACAUUCACAAUUAGAAUGCCUUCUACUUUUUCAUUUAGUUUUUUCAUUUAAUUCAUUCAUUCAUUUUAUACCGCUUUUCCUCACCAGGCUCGCGGGGGUGCUGGAGCCUAUCCCAGCUGUCUUUGGGUGGGAGGCGGGGUAUACCCUGGACUCGCCAGCCAAUCACAGGGCACAUCUAGACAAACAACCAUUCCCACUCACAUUCAUACCUAUGGACAAUUUGGAGUCCCAAUUAACCUAGCAUGUUUUUGGAAUGUGGGAGGAAAUCGGAUUACCUGGAGAAAACCCACACAUGCACGGGGAGAAUUGAACUCCGGUCUCCAAGCACUAACCACUCGCCCGCCAUGCAGCCCUUCAUUUAAUUCAAUUCAGCUAUUUUUAUGCUUCAUUUAGGUCAACAAUAAGUAUAAUGUGCUUAGAUAUGAAUGAACUGCGACAUAACCCGAGUUGUACUACACACUUGGCUAAGGUUGAUAACCUGGAAGCCAAGAGAUGUCGUCCUGAAUUCCCUCCUAGUUUGGGAUUGUACGCUGAUUGAUCUCAGAUCCCAAAAGUUAUUCAGGUACCAACAGAUAAGACAGAAUUACAUUUUCCAUCCUAAAUCUUCAUUGAUUCAUGAAAUGAAUACCAGUACAGCUCAACACUUUGUUAUCCUUAAUAGGUUUUCUUGCAGACGCACCCUAAUCUAUUAGAUUCAUGCAACAACAUCAUUCCAAGAGCUGGAGCAGCUGUGUUGUCCUUCCUGCUUCCAGGAGGGUGAAGCCAGUGUCGGGGUGUCGAUCUCAUCCUCCCCUCUAUCUUUAGUGGUAGCAGAGGGCCUGACUUUAUCUGUCAUGGAAGCGGCUGAUAUUUUUAGGGUUGGGGGCAGUGGGGCAGCCUAGUGGGAGCAGCUGCAAAAUCCCUCACACCAGCAGCCCCCUUCCUCCAAAAUCUACCUCCUAUCUCUCUCUCCCGGGAUGCCUGACAAUGCCGGUGUAUGACGCACAGACUGUGGUCAUUUUAGUCGCCCAACACGGGGACACGAGCAGGACAUACUGGCUGACUACUAAAUAACCUCACCAUUCAAAGCAGCACACCGAAGAACCAAGAUCAAGGGACGCAGAAUUAAUAUGCUGCCAGACUGGGAAGAAAGGGCAGUUGAGCUUUAAAGCGAACAUCAAAAAGGGUCCAACGUCUUCAUUCAACAAAACAACAGUGACACCAUGGACAUUUUUGGAGGUGCUCCUCGUGUUUUGGGCUACUCGCGCCCUGUGGUGGCACACUGCGGAACAGACGCAACUCUCAGGUGCCAAAUUGGCGGGGAACCCCGCCCUGAUGUGAUCUGGGAGCAUAAAAAUGUCCAGAUUGUGACUGAAGGACGGUAUAAGCUCUCAGAGGAGGGAAAGUUCUACCUAUUGAGCAUCAGGGAGGUGAGGGAGCAGGAUGCUGGCCAGUAUAUCUGCAAAGCUAAAAACAGUGUUGGGGAAACGUAUGCCACAGCUUCCCUCAAGGUAGAGGAAAGUGGUCAGCAACAAGACAUCAAUGGUGUGGAGGAGCAUGUAACCGAAAAUGGGCACAGCGCAAUGCAAAAUGGCGACCACAGAAAAAACAAUGGAGAGCACAUGCUUGACCAGGAGGAUGACUUCACGUCCGAUGACAAACCGAGGUUCCUUAUCAAGCCACUGUCACUGCGAGUGGACAGAGGUGAGGAUGCCGCCUUUUCCUGCAAGGUGUGGGGCAAGCCACUGCCGGAGCUGCUGUGGGAAAAAGAUGGCAAGAAACUAAAUGACAUCUUCGAGAGCUCCCACUUCACUGUUAGUAGUCAAGAUGGUGGUUGGUUCCAGCUUAAGAUCUAUCGAACGCGCAUGCCUGACAAGGGCGUCUACACCUGCAAGGCAGUGAACUGCAAUGGCCAGGCCCUGGCAGGCGCGGUCCUUCUUGUUGAGUCUGUGCCAGAGCGAGACAACAGCAAAUUAUCCAGUCAGUCGAAACACCGAGAUGGGAAGCUCAGUUUGUCGAGGCUCAAGGAGGAGCCGUCGGUCAGUGCAUCUAAGGUCAAGAAGUUUGUGGUGGUAGAGGGGAAACACGCCAAGUUCCGCUGCUGUGUCACAGGGAAACCAAAGCCAGAAAUCAUCUGGAAGAAGGAUGGGGUUCCCCUCCAGCCUGGCAGGCGCCACCUCAUAUUUGAGGACCGAGAAGGCUACUACACACUAAAGGUUCUGUACUGUAAAGUUCAGGACACAGGGCUAUAUGUGUGUGCGGCAUCCAACACUCUUGGAAACACUCUCAGUGCGGUUCAUCUGUCAGUCAAAGGCACUCAUGUCAGAUUCAAGUGUCCGUUAAAAGAUGUGGAAGUAAGGGAGAGGGACAUUGCCGUGCUGGAAUGCGAGGUUCCAGAUGAGUCUGUACCUAUCACCUGGUACCUGGAGGAUCAUAGGCUGAUGCCCAGCAGCAAAUACGGGAUGGAGCAGCAAGGUACUCGGCGAAAACUCACCAUCCAAGAUGUGGGAAUGGACGAUGAUGGCGUGUAUCUCUGCGAGACGCCAGAUGGGGCAAAGAGCGUAGCAGAGCUGAUGGUCAAAGGUAAAAUAGUACGUAAACUUCCACGAAAGGUGGAGGUGCUGGAAGGUGAGAAUGCUGCAUUUUAUGUAGAAGUGGAAGACGAAGACAUGGAGGUCCACUGGUUCAAAGAUGGACAAAAAUUGCGUGAGACUCAUCAGACAAUCCUCAAGUCUUUUGGAAAAACUCACAUGCUGGUCUUUGUCAAUGUGGCCCAUCAAGACUCUGGGCUGGUGACUUUUAUCACAGGGAGAUCCAAGACUUCAUCGCGCCUUAAAGUCAGAGCCACCAGACACUGCCCACCGAUAUGUCCCGUUGUAGUCAAAAUGGAUGUGGACGGUCCGAACGGAGCCCUGCUCUCCUGGGUUCCUGCACCAAACAGCCAGACGACUACUCGCUCCAUCUUUGUGGUGGAGAGACAGGAGGUGGGCUCACAGGAGUGGCAGAAGUGCUUCACCUCCGAGACUGCCACCUCAACUGAGGUCUGCGGAAAUGGCGUGCCCCGUGAGGGAGACUAUCGUUUCAGAGUCUGUUGCGUCAACAAAUAUGGCCGUAGUGGCCAUGUGGAGUUUCCCAAAGUUGUCCAUCUCGUUCCAGGGCCAAAGAUUUACAGUCAGCUUCAGGGUCUCGAGGUCACAGAGGGAGAGGAUGCUGCCUUUUCCAUCGGGCUUUCGACUUCAGUGGUUGGCUCCUGGUUUUUGAACAGUGCCCAACUGCAAAACGGUGGACGAUAUUCUAUCAAACAGUCCAAGACAGAGCAUACUUUGGUUAUCCAUGAAACCAUCACGACUGAGGAUGAGGCAGAAAUCACAUUCAUCGCCAAUGGGGUGCGAGAUUCUGCUGUUCUCAAGGUUAAACCCGCUGUGGUGGAGUUCAGUCCUCUUUUGGAAUCUGACAGCAGCAAAAGGGUAGAGACUGGUGACGUCAUUGUGCUGUACUGUGAAGUCUCCUGCCCUUCAGCUAAAGUAAGCUGGUUCAAAGAUGGCGAGGAGCUGAAGGCGAGUGAUAGCAUGAAGAUCCAAUCGGAUGGAAACAUGAGGAGAAUCGUGAUCCACUCAGCUGAGAAGCAUCACGCUGGAGUUUACACAUGUCAGACAUCAGGGAAUGUCCUAGCAUUCACUGUUGAAGUUGCAGGUCCUCCAGUGCAGUUCAGUCCAGCUCCCGAAGAGGAGCUCCACAAGAGCAGCAUGGAGCUCGACCCAGUGGUACUGCUCUGCCAUGUCUCCAGAGAGGAUGCUCAAGUUGUAUGGUAUAAAGACGGUUGUGAAAUUGAACCCAGUGACAACAUCACUGUGCAAGCUGAGGGAACCCUGAGGAGGCUGAUCAUACGCUCUGCCGAAACUGCAGACGCAGGCAGCUACACCUGCCAAGCUGGAAACAACAGCAUGGACUUCACUGUCAAUGUCCGAGAGCCUCCAGUGAUGAUUGUGAAUCCUAAAGAAGAUGUUGUGACGGAGGGUUACAUUUCCCAGAAAAUUCAGCUGCAGUGCGAGUUGUCUCGCUCAGGUGGACAGGUGCAGUGGUUCAAAAAUGGCGAGGAGGUAAAAGAGGGUAGCAAUAUCCAGCUGUUAAAAGAAGGUCCCUACAGGAGGCUGACCAUUGUCCACAGUGCAGCGGAGGAUGGGGGGGAGUAUGUCUGCGAGACAAAUGGGGACUCUGUGUUCUUCCAACUGACUGUCAAAGAGCCCCCAGUACGAAUCCUUUCCCCGACUGAGUCUGUGCUUGAAGUCGCCCAAUUGGCUUCCACAAAGCUACAACUCAGAUGUGAGAUCUCGCAUCCUGAAGCUGGUGUCACGUGGUACAAAGAUGGCCUGGAGGUAGAGGAGGGUCCAAACCUCAUCCUGGAGGUAGACAGGGACAAACGUCAGCUGGUUGUCCCUGUGACCGCUGUGGAAGAUGCCGGGGAGUAUGUGUGUGACACUGAAGACGACUCAGUUACCUUCAUGGUGACUAUUAAAGAGCCACCGGUGACGCUUUCCCGUCCUGACAACACUUUGAAGGAGAGUUUUGCUGGGAAGCCGAUCAUGCUGGAGGUCCUGGUGUCACGUCCCAAUGCAUACGUGAAAUGGCUGAAAAAUGGGCAUAAGAUAGAGGGGAGCAGUGAUGUGACCAUAACAGAGAAAGGGUUAAUCCGUCAGUUAACAAUCCACUCUCCUUCUGUGGAGGAUUCUGGCACGUAUAGCUGUGACGCUGUAGAUGACAGGCUUGACUUCCAGGUCCACAUUUCAAAGCCCCUGGUGAAGAUCCUAAGGAAGUCUGACAUUAACACAAACCUCAAAGUCCUGAGUUCUGAUGACAUUGUGUUAGAAUGUGAGCUCACCAGCACCGAGGCCAAAACCAAAUGGUACAAGGAUGGCUGUCGAAUUGAGGGUGACGAGAGAUUCUGUGAGGAGGAGGAAGGCGCUUUUCGCUCACUUGUCAUCCUCAAUGCUGAGCUGGGGGACUCCGGAGAAUACUUUAUGGAUGCUCAAGAUGACAACAUUAGCUUCCUGGUUACAGUGCAAGAGCCUCCUGUGACCAUUUUGGGCAACUCAAACGAUGCAGACUUCCAGGAGAUGACAGCAGGUGACGACUUGAUCCUGGCUUGUGAGGUGUCCCGUGCAAACGCUCCUGUCCAGUGGUACUGCAAUGACAGGCUGCUUGUCAACGACUCUCGCACAUGUAUUGAAUGCUAUGGGACUCUGAGGAAAAUCAUCAUCUCAAACGUUCAACCUUCGGAUUCGGGGAAGUACAUGUGUGACGCAGUGGAUGACAUGAUGAUCAGUAUUGUUAGGAUUCAAGAACCUCCAGUGACGUUCAUAAAUAAGGAGGAUGACAUUGUAGUGACCGGCUACGAGGCAGAAAGUGUCACUUUCACCAGCUGUGUGUCCAAGGAGAAUGCGCUGGUACGCUGGCUGAAAGACUGGACACCAGUUGAAGGUGAGCGUUUCCGAGCACUCAUGGAAGGACAUAAACGCACCCUCACCAUUGCACCUUUGAGGCGCUCGGAUGCUGGAGAGUACACCUGUGAUGUCAGCACCGACCAAAUUCACUUCAGCCUGCUGGUCAAAGAAAUGAGAAUAAAAUUUUUAAAGCCGCUGCAAGACAGUGUGGCUUAUGCCGACGGAAUGGUGACCCUUCGCUGUGAAGUGUGCAAACCCAAAGCGGAUGUGCAGUGGUUGAAGAAUGGUGUUGAGGUGGUUCCAAAUAGAAGGUUCUCCAUUCGAGCGGAUGGAGUCGAGCGGAGUUUGACUAUACAUCGUUUGACAAAGGAGGAUUCUGGGGAAUACUCCUGCGAGUCCAGAGAUGACAGCACGGCAGCAACGCUUACAGUACACAUGCCCCGGGUGGUGGAGUUCCUGACUGAGCUCCACAACACCACUGUUCUAGAAGGAGAAGAUGCUACCUUCAAGUGUGUGGUUUCACCUGAGGAUGUACAGCUAGUCUGGUCCAUGGACAAUGAUGUGAUCUACCCUAGUGACCGUUUCCAGGUCACACAGAAUGGUCUGUGCCACACCUUAGUGAUCAAGAUGUGCCAGAUUUUGGACUGUUCCAAAAUCACAGCUGAAGCUGAAGGCACAAAAAGCAAAGCAAGCCUCAAAGUCCAAGAGGCUCAGAUUAUGUUUACAAAGAAAAUGGAGGCUGUCAUGGCGGAAGAGUUUGGUGAUGCCACCCUGGAGACGGAGAUCAGUCUUGAAGUGGGCGAAGUGCAGUGGAUGAGGCAGGGGGUGGUCAUCCAGUCUGGGCCCCGACAUACACUCACCCAGGACGGCCGUAAACGCUGUCUGACAAUCCACAAUUUGAAUCUUACGGAUCGGGGAACCUACCGAUGUGAGACUCUGCACGACAGGACGCAAGUCAAGCUAAAUGUAGAACCUCGCAAAAUUUCCAUCCGUAAAGGCCUGACGGACCAGGAAACCUUUGAACGUGAGACAGCAUCUUUUGAGGUGGAAUUGUCCCACAGUGACGUGGAGGGUGUCUGGCAGAAGGACGGCAUCAGGGUGAAGCCAAACAACCAGUUCAGGGUGAGCUCCAAUGGACGACUUCAUGGCCUCACGCUUUCUAACCUGACUCUGGAGGACACCGGUACCAUUGCGUUCUCUGCCGAAGGGGUGCGCACAACUGGCAGGCUAACAGUCAAAGAGACUCCAGUCACCAUCUUGAGAGCUCUGUCUGAUGUCCGUGUUGAAGAAGAAUUUCCUGCCACUCUGGAGUGUGAGUUCUCUCGACAAAACAUUGAUGUCAGAUGGUUUAAGGGUAGGACAGAACUAAAGCCAGGAAAGAACUACCGGAUCUACUCCAUGGGGCGAAAGAAGUUCUGUCAGAUCCUACAGUGCUCUGUAGCGGAUGCUGGUAUCUACACAUGUGAUGCAGGAGAAAGCAGUACUUUCUGUUCCUUGGAGGUGUAUGAGCAUGAGCUGACGAUUGUCCAGGAUCUGGAGGAUCUUUACAUCCAGGAGGAUCAGAACGCAGUCUUCAUGUGUGAGGUUUCCGUAGAGGAUGUGAACGGAGAGUGGUAUAAGGAUGGACACAAGAUCCGGCCCACCUGUACCAUCAAGACCCGAACAGAAGGCACCAAACACUUUCUGCUGAUGUGCAACGUCAAAGCUGAGGAUGCUGGAGAAAUACGCUUUGUAAGCAGAGAUCUUGAAUCAACAGCUUACCUGGAGGUAGAAGAGCUCCCAGUGUCAAUCCUCAAACCCUUACGGGACAGGACGGCCUUGGAGAAACACCGUGUCAUCCUGGAGUGCACCGUGUCUUCCCCUCGCUGUAGCGCCAUCUGGUACCGAGGCAAGGAAAGGCUUGACCCCUCAGAUCGAGUGGAAAUCCUGGCCGACGGUUGCUCCCAUAAAUUAGUCAUCCAGCAGGUAGCAGUGGAGGACGAGGGCACCUACAGAAUUGAGGUUGGGGAGCACACAUCCAAAGCCAAACUCAUGGUGGAAGCUCAGGAGCUUGUAAUGGUGCGAGAGCUGGAGGACGUGAAGGUGACGGAGGAUGAACCAGCGACUUUCCAGUGUGAGGUCUCUGUGCCGAUAAGCAGACCCCCAGUUUGGAUGCUGAAUGGCGAGAGCCUUCAGCCUGGCCCCUUGGUCCGCGUGGAAAACCACGGCAAUAUUCACAAACUCACGCUGAAGAAGACCAGCUUGGACAUGAGUGGCGUGGUCAAGUUCAACGUAGGCAAGGCAAAGAGCACCGCGGUGCUCAGCGUGACCGAAGCUGUAUGAUCAUGACCAGCACGGCCGCUCCUUUUUUUACCGUGAUAUUUAUUUCCUGAAAAAGAUUUCCAGUGUACUCUAUCAUAAACUAAAUACAACAAAGUCUCAAAUAUGCCAAUGUAUUUAUUUUCUGUUGCCUUAUUUAGAAUCAACACUUAAAAAGACAAACAUGUUUAUUUAGUGUUUAUGGUGGGGAAAAGGCAUUGUUAUAUAUGGUUCAGGUAUAACUUGGUACGAUAAGAGGUAAAAAUUGAAUUCCAUCUAUUAAAUCAUGAGUACAGUAACAUAGAUGCUCCAUAUACACUGGGGGAAAUAACCAUUUGAUCUCCUGCUGAUUUUAAGUUGAUCCCCUUAAAAAGACAAGAACAGUCCAUAUGGUUGAUAGUAGGUUUGUUUUAACCAACUGACAUCAGCAAAAUAUUCAUUGAAAAGGGUGAUAAAUUAAUAAAUAUAACCUCCAUAGAUAGGUUGUGCGUCUUAAGCAGACGCAUGUGAAAGGAACU